AUGAAAAGGAUAAGGACCUGCUUAGCGCUUUUGCUAGUCCACCACGUGCAGCUACCGCUAGGUCUGCUAUUUUGCGAUGGCUUCAUCCUAGAUAACCGAAUUGUUUGUUCUCCCCGUGGAUCAUGGAGCCCUCUCCGAAAAAGAAAGCGCAACGGAAAUAAUUCGUCCAGGGGGGUGAGCACCGAUAGUGCAUACGUAACGUGGGCCAUACCGGAUGGACACGAGGAGACACCCCUUGUAAGUGGUGAGAUGAACAGCUUGCGCGAAGAGCUGCCCGAGGGGGACACAAAAGAAGAAGGACCUUCCAAAACGAACAUAAAAACCAAGGCACAAAAACAAAAGGAAGAAAUUGAAGAAAUUAUAAAAAAAGGGGAAAACAUAACAGUAGAGCGUUCCUUUUCCUUUAACAGAAGUGACAUAAUGAUUAAGCCGGAACUCCUAAAAGAGCUCAUUACGCAAAAGUACCGGAGGCUCUUUCAGCGACAUGACAUGGACUGCGGCAGUAGUGAAAUUCAAAUUAUCAUUUUGACUUUCAAAAUUUUUUUCCUCACGGAGCAUAUGAAGCGGAACAAAAAGGACUUUGCCUGCUUGAGAGGCCUCUUCAAAUGUGUAAGCAAACGAAGGAGGUUGCUCGUCUACCUAGGCAGGAAAAACAGAGAUACCUUUGACAAAAUCACAGAUUUUUUUAAAAUUAAAAAACCGCUGCUUCCAGGGACGGCUGAAUAUUACAACAAAGACCUCAAGUAUGUUCAUUUCAACAACACGAAGAGGUUUAAAAACAACGCGGAGCGGAAGAAAAAGGUUAAGGCGAAGAACAAAAAGGUGCAGACGGAUAAAAUUCUGUUUGGCGACUGA